AUGUCAGUCAUUGCGUUGCUCGCGCUUCUCACCUCCGCCCGCCGCGCUUGCCCCCGCUUCCCCCCCUUUCUCACGCUGCUCCUCCCGCUCCUCGCGCUGCUCCUCACGGCGCCGCCCCGCCCUCUGUGCGCGGCGGCGGAGCGAGCGAAACGCGUAGAAUCCGGUAAUGCGACGCGCCUCGUCGUCCUGCGCAACAAAACGCACGGCGCGAAAUGCCUCGACGGCAGCCCCCCCGCGUACUACUUCCGCGCGGGGAGGGGCGCGGGGAGGCGCAAGUGGCACGUGCAUCUCCUCUUAGGAUCACGGCUUCCUCGCACUCACCCCUCCUGUCCCCUCAUCCCCACCGUCCCUCUAUCCCCCCACCAGGCGUCCGAGGAAUAUCCUCAACUCUCCCAGCACACCGCAGCCAACCACUCCUUACUCCCACUCCCCCCUCCCAAUCCCUCUCUCCUCCACCAGGCAUCCGAGGAAUACCCUCAUUUUGGCGGCUUGCUCUCCCGGAGAAAGAGAGCCAACCCGGUGUUUCACGGGUGGAACCUGGUGUGGGUGGUGUACUGCGAUGGUGGCGCCUACAGCAGCACGCGGGGGAGGGCGGACCUGGGGGAGGGCGCAUCUGUACCUGCGCACGAGGAGGGGCAUGGGGGCGGCGUCUCAAGUGCUCUUCUCGGGCAGCUGUGCUCGCCCAUGCUGCUAUGCUACUCCCGACAUGAAUUUGGAUUCUUGUGCCCAUGCCAUCAUCAUGCACUGCCACCACUUCCCACCCUCUUUCUCCCCCUUAUGACCGCCUCCCACUCAUCUCCACCCUCUUAUCACACCGUCGUUUUUGCAGACCUGCGCAGGCGGCGGGGCAUGGGGGCGGCGUCGCAUGUGCUCUUCUCGGGCAGCUCAGCGGGCGGCCAUGCCAUCAUCAUGCACUGCGACCGCCUCGCUGCCGCCUUCCCCCGCGCCCAAGCCACCUGCCUCGCUGACUCGGGCUUCUUUGUCGACGCCAAGGACCGCUUUGGACAGAACUUCUGGAGAGGAAGGGUUCAGGCGCUCACCGCUCUGCACCGCAUCAACGUCCCCAACUGCCCAGCAGGAGCACAAGUGAAGGACAACUGGGUCUGCUUCUUCCCGGAAAACACCCUCCCUCAGAUCACCACACCCCUCUUCCUCUUCCAGUUUCACUUCGACCCUCGUGUCAUCUUCCACGAAAAUCAGCUGCCUAGGAACAGGACCCAGAUCCAGUACGAGACAAACUGCCUCACCAUGCAGAUCCUCCUGCCAAACGCCAGUGCCGUGGCUCGCGAGCAUGCGUGGGGGGGUCUCGACUGGAACCCGUCGUUUUGCCUGCCUCAGGAGGUCGACGCGGUGUUUUCUAUGGCAUCUUUGCUGUAUGGGUAUUUGGCGGAAGCGGCGCGGGGAAAGAGGAAUUUGGGGGUGGUGCUGGCGCCCGGAAUGGGGCACACAGUAGUGUUCUACUCAAGCUGUCCCCCCGCGUACUACUUCCGCGCGGGGGCUGGUGCGGGGAGGCGCAAGUGGCACGUGCAUCUCCCCACGGGCGGCUGGUGCUUCUCCCCGCGCGAGUGCCUCGAGCGCGCCAACUCUCCGCUCGGUUCCUCGCGCUUCUGGGCUACUCGCCUCCCCGCUGUCAUUGAAAACGGCGGAAGAAUCAACAACGCAUCUGAGGAAUACCCACAGCUGGGAGGGCUUUUAUCCCAGGACAGCGCAGCCAACCCGGUGUUUCACGCGUGGAACCUGGUGUGGGUGGUGUACUGUGAUGGUGGCGCCUACAGCAGCACGCGGGGGAGGGCGGACCUGGGGGAGGGCGCAUCUGUGUACAUGCAGGGGCGGCAGAUUCUGGAUGAUAUUAUCACCGAUCUGCGCAGAAGGUGGGGCAUGGGGGCGGCGUCGCAUGUGCUCUUCUCGGGCAGCUCAGCGGGCGGCCAUGCCAUCAUCAUGCACUGCGACCGCCUCGCUGCCGCCUUCCCCCGCGCCAAGGCCAAGUGCCUCGCCGACUCCGGCUUCUUCGUUGACGCCAAGGACCGCUUUGGGGUGUACUCCUGGCGAGAGUACAUUCGGCAACUCACCGCUCUGCACCGCAUUGAAGUCCCCAAAUGCCCUUCAGUUUUUUCUUUUGAUGUUGAGACGUCUCAGAAUUUGCCCACCUCCCUUUAA